UUUAAAAGUGGCUGUGCUAUCCCAUACUUGCCACUGGACACGCUACAAAAAUCACCCCAAAAUCUGGAGGGAGGGGGCAAGGAAGACCCCCAGUAGCAAAAGGAUAUAAUUUCAGCAAGUGGAGUGCAGCCACUAGCCCAGGAUUGCUACAGCCCCUUGUUGCAUUUGGUAUUACUUAUUCUUUAUACACAGCUGAUUUUGUUUUCUCCCUGUUGGGUAGUCGGUGAUCCAAAGCUGGGAUGACCCUGUCUGGCAGCAGCAGAGCCAGUGACAUGUCCGGCCAGACGGUGCUUACAGCUGAAGAUGUGGACAUCGAUGUGGUGGGAGAAGGGGACGAGUCGCUGGAAAAAGACAGUGACUGCGAUAGUCCCCAUCAUCAUAUGGAGGAGAUAGACGAUCUAGGGGGAAAAGAGCUCUCCAGGAGCCCCUGUGAUAGUGCCAAUGAGGGAGAGGGCAAGGGAGAGAACCAGGACAGCACUGCAGGAGCCAUGCAGACCAAGCCCAAGAACAGCCUGGUGAAGCCCCCCUACUCAUACAUUGCCUUAAUAACCAUGGCCAUCCUGCAGAGCCCCCAGAAGAAGCUCACCCUCAGUGGCAUCUGUGAGUUCAUCAGCAACCGUUUCCCAUACUACAGAGAGAAGUUCCCAGCCUGGCAGAACUCCAUCAGACACAACCUCUCCCUGAAUGAUUGCUUUGUCAAGAUCCCCAGGGAACCAGGGAACCCGGGGAAGGGAAACUACUGGACACUGGACCCCCAAUCUGAAGAUAUGUUUGAUAAUGGGAGCUUCCUCAGGAGGAGAAAACGUUUUAAAAGGCACCAGCCUGACAACCUGAGGGACCAGACAGCACUGAUGAUGCAAAGUUUUGGGGCUUACAGCCUUGCAAGCCCCUAUGGACGUCCUUAUGGGCUUCACCCUGCAGCCUACCCCCACCCUGCAGCUUUGCAGUACCCCUACAUCCCACCGGUAGGGCCCAUGCUACCCCCAGGAGUCCCCCUCCUGCCUUCCACGGAACUCAGCAGGAAAGCCUUUAACUCUCAGCUCAGCCCCAGCCUGCAGUUGCAUCUCAACAGCCUUAGUGCAGCUUCUAUCAUAAAGUCUGAGCCCAGCAGCAGACCGUCUUUUAGCAUUGAGAACAUUAUUGGGGUCUCAGCUACCUCGUCAGGGGGUGCACAGACUUUUCUUAAGGCCCCCAGUAACUGCAAAUCAGCACUAAUGAGUCACCAGCAACUGUCACUUAGCAGAAGUACAGCAACUAUCACCCCAAUAUUAAGUGUACCCACAAACCUUUUAUCUGGACAGUUCCUACCUACAGCAGCUGUGGCCAAAUGGCCAGCACAAUAAUCCACGGGAUUUAGAGACUAUGAACUUGAAAAAAAAACUAUUCUAGCAAAGAUCAGAUCUAUACCUAAAAAAGCCAGGACUAUGUUGUUAAACUGUACAAAAAUCUGGAAUGCUUUCUGUACAGGUAAAAUAGAUUAAACGAAACAUUUGUACAUAUUUGUAUUGGGAAAAAUCAAAUGAUCGAUUUUAUUUGCUGGGUUUUUAUUUUUUUAAGAAAAUGGUAAAAUAGAGAACUGAACUUUCAUUUUUUCUGAAGGUUCACACUCAGCCUUUUAUCACAAAAUGUACACAGAAAAAAAUUAAAUAUUAUUACAUUUUCAAGAAAAUGGUAAAAAAAAAAAAAUCAGUUCUAUUAUAAAAAGAAUCUGUUUAUAUAUGAAUGAAUAUAUAUGUAUUCUAAAUGUUAUUCAUGGUGUUGUACACAAUUUUGUAAAUAAAUUUUUAAAAUAUUA